AUGUUCGCUCAUUUAAGCUUGUUGGAUGAUGGUAGCUUGUUGGCAGAGCUUCGAGUAAACCCGGUGUGGGUCGAACAGAUAAGGAGUAAGCAGUUAAUGGAUGAGACCUUAGGUACUCAUUUUAGACAAGUGGAGAGUGGGGAGACAUCGGACUUUGGGAUGAAUAGUAAAGGGGUAUUGUGCUUUCGUGGGACAAUGUGUAUACCAAAUGACGAUGAUUUAAGGCAGUCUAUUCUGCGGGAAGCACAUAGCGGUCUCUACGCUAUGCAUCCUGGCGGAAAUAAGAUGUAUCAGAAUUCGCGUGAGCUUUAUUGGUGGCUUGGACUUAAGCACGAGGUUGUGGAGUUUGUAAAUAAGUGUUUCGUCUAUCAGAAGGUGAAGGCGGAACAUUAG